GUCUACCUAAAUGAUGUCUAUGAAACACGACGACGAGGGAGGACAAAAAUGUUGGGUUUGUUUGUAUUUCAAACUGAACAUCAUGAAAACCACGUUGGUUAAACUUCGCGUUAUCAUUCGCGCAUCAGUUCUUUAUAUUCUUGUCACAUUUGGAAAUACUUGUGGGCCAAGUGAAUAUAAAUCAUCUAAAGGUGAAUGUUGUCCGAUGUGUAAUAUAGGGUCAGUUGUCCUUUGGGAAUGCAGUGGGGAUUCUAGCACAACAUGUAUACCAUGCUCUCCAGGAACAUAUAUGAAUGAACCCAAUGGCCUUUUUAAAUGCUUAACAUGCAGAAACUGUAGUAAAAGUCAAGGUCUUUACAUUCAGAGUCAAUGCAAUACAAUAAAGGACACCGUCUGUGAUGUGCUGGAUGGGUAUCACUGUGUUGAUUACUCAAAUUCACAGUGCCAACUUGCUCAAAAACACACUGUAUGCAAUCCAGGACAAGAAAUAAAAACACCAGGAACAAAGAGGUCAGAUACAAAAUGUGAGGACUGCCCUUCUGGCUUUUAUUCUCCAACAGGUCUGAACUGCACCAGAUGGACAGAUUGUGCAGUUAAAAAUGAGAUUCAGACAGAAACGGGCAGCUCUAUAAAAGAUGUCGCAUGUACACCGAAGAGUCGGAGCAGAUAUGGUCUCUGUAUAGCAGCUGUACCUGCAGCUGUCACAUUCAUAUUAUGCUGCAUGUGUCUAUACCUGAAGCCUGGGAUUACAUGUUCUGUACUUAAAGUAAGUCCUGAAAUUCUUUGUUUUAAAAGUGUUGUAUUUUUAUACAAUAGAAAUUAGCAUCCCACACCAGAAACGUACCCAGAGAAAUCAACACAGCAGACAGCAGAGGAAAACGAGGAUGAUUUCCACAGUCAACCCAUGGUAUCUUGUCCAAGUACAGACCAGAAGCCAGUGUUGCUUUCAACGUGACAUGUCAGGUUAGGAGGCUGUGUCUGGAACUUUGUACAAAACCAAAUCACGCUGUAAUGUUGAUUAACUAUAACAUUGGACUGUAGAUGUGCUUUGGUAGAGAGUUUAUCUUCUCCGUGGCUGUUGACCUUGUCGUGGUGGAGAAGCUUCAGUUCCUCCACGACUUGAUAAACUGAAGAAAGUUUUCAUUGAUGCUUUUACUGCAACAAGUUUCAACUACAUCAAGGAGGGCAAACCAACAACAGCAGACCUUUGGCUCUAUAGUAGACUUAAUAUCAAUACAUAAGUAUUAAUACAGUUAACAGAGACCAAGCAAUUCCCAACAUGAGAACGAAAAGACUGCAUUUUAAAACUAUGGUUGAUUAACUGGGAUUACACACGUCAAUGUUCAUUUUAUUAUUAUAUAAAUCCUGCAAAAAAUAUUUGGUUGAUGCACCUUAAAGAGCAUUUUACAAUUCCUUUGGUGUGUAAGUGUGUAUUAGUACAUGUUAAUGAUAUGAAAAAGGUACAAAUCCCAAAGUAAACGACGCAAGUUAUCCCUUCCAAUGUAAAUCU